AUGACGCGUCAUCCUGUAAGCGAAUCUAACGUUUCGUCUGCCGGUGCGAGCGGCACUAAAGCCCAGCUGGAAAACAUCAAUAUUGAACUGGAGGAUGUGCAUUUGUGGAAGAUCUUUUCGUGUGGACUUUUAAACGAAAUGAUAAUAACUAAGAGCGGUCGGAAGCUGUUUCCGGUGGUGAAGUUAAGGCUAACGGGACUGGAACCUCAUCGGAUGUAUGCGGUCCGAAUGGAUUUUAUCCAGAAAGAGAACUGUCGCUGGAAGUACUGCGACGGUUCGUGGAGCAAAGCCGGAAAAGCGGAGCCGUGUCCGGUUCAGACCAGUUACCUGCACUGCCGUUCACCGAACUACGGAAGCGUGUGGAUGGAUAACGCCAUUCAGUUCGAUAAGCUGAAGGUAUCCAACAAAGAAGGAAAAGAAAUGGUUCGUCUUAAUUCGCUCCAUUACUACGAACCUGUGAUACGCGUCUAUAAGGCCCAUACCGAAGGAAUCCAAGGAACAGAUGUGCUGGUCGCAGAAAAACGACUGCCGGAAUGCUCUUUCAUGGCGGUUACCAGUUAUCAAAAUCAGACCAUUACUAAUCUGAAGAAAGAAAACAAUCCGUUCGCAAAGGGCUUCAACAGAACGCCGAACGACAAGGAUAACAAUACGAAAUUUGAGAUAAAUCCGGAUAACCACUGCUUUACUACAAUUCAGCGUGCAGAAGGCAAAGAUAUUCAAGGUUUAGCAUCAGAUGUGGUCGGCAACGUGGAUGCGACUGGGAAACCAAUCCGCUCCUCUCAUUCAUACCGUUCAUCGCGGACACAUCCUUACGCCAACGUCCGAAAAUACCUAUCUGAAAACGGUUACUCUGGAUCAUAUUCGCACGGCCGCAAUUAUCCUACCACCCAACAGCCGGCCACAUCCAGUCUAAGCGGCAUUUACUCCACCGCUGCCGGCCAGACCAACGGCAACUACAUGCCGGGUUACAUGAACGGCUACACUUACUGUCCGGACGCAGCGCAAUCCAUGUGGACCACUGCCGAUCACAUGUCCAAUGUGUCCGGCAACAAUGUGGCAUGGUACAAUCCCUACGGAGCACUGGGCCGGGGAGCUGAUGCAUCGUACUACGGCCACGACACCGCGUACACGACCGGCGGCUUCGGUCCUUACAACGCCGUGCCAUAUACCACCAAUUACCCGACGUAUUCCGCACUGGAUUACACAGCAAACUGCACUGCGACCAACGUUGUGUCCACGACAACGGGAUCCGUAGACGACAGCCCGCUGUCCAGUGCAUCGUCUACGGAGGCGACGCCCGGUAUUAAAUCGUCCCCGCCACCGAUUGGCCAGCAGUACACCAAUGUGUUCUUCUAG